GGAGCAGCGCACACUCUCUACCUGCAUCUGAACUGAGCAACAUUUCUGACCUGGAAACAGACGGAGCAUGAUGUGAAGAUGAGGAGGAGUGAAGGUGUGUCAAGACUCAGGAAAUGGGUCCAGGUCUGAGCAGGUAACCUGGAUCACCUGAGGACUGAGAGUCUGAGCAGGUAACCUGGAUCACCUGAGGACUGAGAGAGGAAUGAAAAGUGAAUCCUGAUCUCUGUUUUAAACUCGUCACUGUCCCUGCAGUUCCCCCCUACUCCUCCCAUCCCUUUCCUCCAGUCACCCUCCCCAUCACCUCCCCCUCUUUCAGCCCCCCUUCUACCCUCAAACCCCCCUUCCCUGUCAGUCCCCCCUCCUCCUUCAGCCCCCCACCCCCCUGUGUCUGUUAACCCACUCCUCUCCCUGUGGAGAUGCCCGUCCUGCUGAACGCCGACGCCUCUUUUAGUUCUAAGCAGGAGCUGUUGGACCUCCAGGACGGUCCUCUUAGGGGGAGCCGGUCUCUGGACUCCAGCCCCCCCGACUCUCAGACUAGUAGCCCGGUGGACUCUGGUCCCAGAAGCCCCUGCAGCCCCGAUGGCGCCUUGCGGCCCCACAUCUUCACGGGGGCCUCCACCCUGCCUGGUCAGCUAUACGGGGGGAGGGGUGGCACCCGAGCAGAGACCUCCCGGGGGCCCGACCUGACAGACUCUGAACAGCUGUAUGGGUGGGGAGGGCUGACCCCGCAGGCGCUGCAGGUGUUUAACACCCCCCACUGGGUGCUGCUGUUCCUCUGUGCGGCGUCCUUCCUGCAGGGGAUGAUCAUCAAUGGCUUUAUCAAUACUGUUAUCACCUCCAUCGAGAGACGCUUCGACCUGCGCAGCUACCAGGCCGGCCUCAUCGCCAGUUCCUAUGACAUCGCCGCCUGCCUGUGCCUUGCAUUUGUCAGCUACUUUGGGGGGACAGGCCACAAACCGCGCUGGCUGGGUUGGGGGGUUUUGAUUAUGGCGCUGGGCUCUCUGGUGUUCACAACACCUCAUUUCACCACGCCACCCUACCAGGUCAGCCUUCCAGAGCGCUCGGGACUCUGCUACGCCAAUCGCUCCACACCGUGCCAGGACGAGAAGGGGACGGGGCUUUCCAGCUACCGCUUUGUGUUCAUGCUGGGUCAGUUUCUGCACGGGAUGGGGGCCACACCGCUCUACACACUUGGAGUCACAUACCUGGACGAGAACGUCAAGUCCAACUACGCCCCCGUUUACAUCGGUAUCUUCUACACGGCGGCCAUCUUGGGUCCAGCAGCAGGUUACCUGCUGGGAGGUUACUUCCUGAACAUUUACACAGAGAUCAGAGUGACGACUGAUAUGACUCCAGAGAACCCUCUCUGGGUUGGGGCCUGGUGGGUCGGGUUCCUGGCUGGAGGAGCAGCAGCUUUGCUGAUUGCGUUCCCAAUCCUAGGUUUCCCCCGCCAGCUGCCAGGCUCUCAGGAGUUGGUGUCGUCGAGGGUCUCUGAAGCCCACCAGCUGAAGGACGGCAGUCAUACCACAGCCUCUGACCCUCAGUUUGGAAAAUCUGUCAAAGACAUGCCCAGGUCUGUGCUCCUCCUCCUAAAGAAUCCGACCUUCCUCUUCUUGUGUCUUUCUGGAGCGACUGAGGCGACCCUUAUCGCUGGCGUGUCCACAUUUGGUCCAAAGUUUCUGGAGUCUCAGUUCAGUCUGAGCGCCUCAGAGGCGGCGACCUGGUUUGGAUACAUGGUGGUCCCAGCAGGAGGUGGGGGCACCUUCCUGGGGGGGUACAUUGUCAAGAAGUUGAACCUGCGCUGUCGAGGAAUCAUCCGAUUCUGCCUGAUGUGUGCGACCGUCAGCCUGCUCGCCAACUUCAUCUUCCUCAUCCACUGCCCCAACCUUCCCAUGGCCGGAGUGACUGCCCCCUACAGGUCAGAACGUCUGUCUCAACACCUGCAUGACCAGGACCAGGACCAGCCCAGCAGUAUAAACAGCAGCUCCUCCCUGCAGCAGUCUCUGUCCGUGGCCUGUAACUCUGACUGCAGGUGUGUCAGGGAGGUGUAUAACCCUGUGUGUGGAGCUGAUGGAGUCAUGUAUUACUCCCCUUGUCACGCCGGCUGCAGCUUAAUCAACCACACCCAGCACCCAUCAGGCAGACAGGUGUACUCUGGAUGUACCUGUGUUGUCAGUAAUGUGUCUCAGGCGGACAAAGGUUUCGCUCUGGCAGGAAAGUGUAGCAGCUCGUGUCACCACAUGCCGGCAUUCCUCUUCCUCUUCUUCAUCCUCAUCCUCUUCACCUUCCUCAGCAGUAUACCCGCUCUGACCGCCACACUCAGGUGUGUUCCAGACAGUCAGAGGUCCUUUGGAUUGGGCAUACAGUGGAUCGUGGUUCGCACAUUUGGAGGUAUUCCUGGACCGAUAGUGUUCGGCUCUGUCAUCGAUCUGUCCUGUUUGCUGUGGCAGGAUCAGUGUGGAGAGCAGGGCUCCUGUUACCUGUACCACAACUCAGCCAUGAGCCGAUACACACUGAUCGCAGGCAUCAUCUAUAAGGUGUUGGGGAUGAUGUUCUUCCUGUUGGCCAGUGUGCUGUACACGCCUCCUCCUCAGUCUCCUCACAGCAGCUGUGACAGCACCGACAUCGGAGCAGGAGGAGGAGACCUGAGCGACCUGCCAAUCAAAGACCUACCUGAGGACGGAGUCAUCGUCAACCUGCACGCCAGGUUAUGACAUCACAAGCCACGCCACCUAACCUGACUGUUUGUAAGAGUGUGUGUGGGGCUUGACAGCCUUCUGACAGCCAUAAUGACACACACACACAAACACACAGACACACUAGGCCUGUCCCCGACUAAGUAUUUCCAGCCUGAUUCAUCAGAUUUCUCUUAUAGUUGAAAGUUUUGUUGUUGUUUUUUGCUCUCUUUGAUCCACGUUCUCAUUUCAGUUUAAACGCUUCAUUAAAUGGUUUGUCUUCUAA